AUGCUCUCGAAACCCUCAACAGCAUUCACACCCUCCUCUACCUCAGGAACAGCAUUUCCCGAGCUUUCACCCCUCAUCAACCCAUCCUCCACCCAAACCCUCACCCAGCUUCUUUCGGAUAACCACGUCACACAUCACUGCUUCUUCAACUCUCUAGGGAUGCAUAAUCAUUCAUCGCACCAGCUCAUCGCUGAUUUCACCCUUGGAGCUAACCCUGCUCAGCUCAGCGCUCACUACGAGUAUCAGAAAUCGCAUUAUUUGAACAAGUUCAAUUUGCACGAUCGGACUAAGUUUGGUCCGAACAUCCCUAAUGCUGACGUCGCGCACAGUGAUAAAGAUAAACAACCUAUCGAACCGAUCAACGAGAGCAAUUGGAAAGAUCACCUGGGCAAUUCUCGGUAUUACUGGGCUUACCUCCAUUUCUUCGAUUCCUUUGUCGAAAAAAUGGGGGCAAGAGAAGCACUGGAAGAAUUGGUGUUUAGUAAAGAAGCGAACGAGGGGGAAGUGAAGAUGAUAACAAGAUUCUACGGCGGAGUGCUCCACGCGCUAAUUCACGUCGGAUAUGGGUUGGAAACGGGGAUGAAAGGAAUGGUCAGUGAGGGAUUGGCUAUGGCCUCCGUAACAGCCGCUUCGCACUCUUGGCUUUUCGACCAUAAAUGGCUCACCUCUACUCGCUCCAAACAGGCUGGACAGCAAGAUCUGUUUUCGCUAGUAGCCGAACUCCAAAGAGAUCCCAGGGUCAGUCCGGACAGUUUGAAGCUGAGGGAUGAGGAAAGUUCACUACCGGACAAACCCUUCCUUCCGGGUGGAAGCGGCGAGGGGGUGAUAUGGGAAUACGUCGAUCGAUGGCAAGCUCUGACGGAGGGAAAUAAGGAAGGUGAAGAGAGAGCAGUAGGAGAAUUAGCAGUGCUUGGAGGACUGCUGUUAGGUGCGGUACCCAAGAGUGAGAAAGGGAAUUGGUUUAGGCAUGAUUUUUUCCUAAUGCACCUGAACAACGCCCAUGUAUUCACACCGCUCUACCUAUCCCUUUUCGCCUCCUCUCCCUCUUCUCUUCGCCUUCGACCCAUCUUCCUCCGCGCCUUACUCGCCCAAUUUAUGUAUUACUACAUCUCCCGAGGUCGCCCCCUGCUUUCCCUCUCGAACUUGGCCUCUACCGACCCUCUUUCUUGGGGACCGAUGUUGGAGGUAGCGAGGGAAAACGUCGAUGAACAUGUGCCGAAAGCAGUGCGUACGCUGUACGUCUACCAUCAACGACAUGGACAUUUGCUGCCGGAAGUGGUGCAAUCGGGCCUGGUAAUAGGAAAAGAGACGGAUUCGGUGGAAACGCUGUUCCAAAGGACUGCAGAGCAAUUGAUUCGGAUGCACAGAGGAGAGUUGAAACCGAGCAAGUACGCUGAUGAACAAAGUAGCAGAAGGGGGGAGAGCGUCGGGGCUCAUCAAGAGUUUUGGUCGUUUGAAGAGUUUUACUGA